AUGGUCGCGAUCAAAACGUUCUUGAGUGAGCUGCGUCGCAGCCGGCAACCGCAUAUGGUCGUCUGGCUUCGCCCCUCAGCCCCUCCCGCUGAGCAGUUCAGUUUGCCGCUUUUUUUGCCUCUUAUCACUGGGAGGCUGACUGGAGCGACGGUGCGGUCUAGCAUGGAGGGCGAUGCCUUUUUGGGUUCGAGGAUCAUCCGCGAAGGCGCCGAUCCCGAGCUGGGUCGCCCCCUGCGAGCGUCUGCCGCGCUUGCCGACGCCAGCCGCUUGCAGGCGUCUGGCCGCAGUCUCCACGAGGGCAGUUACUCCGCGUCUCCACGGGAAGGCGGCGUCCUCCGCUGUCUCCGGAGAGCCUUCAUCCGGCCGUGUUGCUGCUUCCCUGACGCGGCGGCGUCUCGCCCCGAGGGCGCCUACACGGGCUGGUGGGUGCCGCCGAUUCUGGGCCUCGCUCCAGUCUUCUGGCUGACGAUCUUCGCGACCAUAGGCUUGGGCGUCGCAUCACACUUCUACUGGCAGCCUCUUCUCCUCACAUUCUUCGUCAUCACGGGUUACAUUCUCUCCGUGGCGCUCCACGAGUUCGCGCAUGCGGCGGCCGCGUUCAAGGGAGGCGACACUUCAGUUGUUUACUCGGGCUACCUCACGCUGGACUACCUGAGGUACUCCUCACCACUCUUCUCUCUGGGCCUCCCCCUGCUCUUUCUUCUCGUUGGGAGCGUGGCGCUGCCUGGGGCUGCUGUCACGAUUCAGGACGGAAGUCUGCGCGGACCGUCAUGGAAGUCCCUGACGGCGCUGGCCGGCCCGCUCGCGAACUUCCUCUGCGGCUUCUUCUUCUCCGCCUUGCUGCAGCUGACGCUCUUGGCUGCGACGCACUACUACACGGUACUUCACAUGGGCCUUGCUUGCUUGGUCUACUUUCAGGCCAUGAGCUUCAUCAUCAACAUUAUUCCUCUUCCUCCGCUCGACGGCUGGGCGGCGAUCGAGCCUUGGUUGCCUGAGUCGUGCUUCCUCAAGAAGGCGAUGAACGACCCUGCGUGGAGGCUCGUCGUCCCGCUGCUAGUGCUCGCGGCGCUUCUUCCGCUCUUCGCCAGAGUCCCUUAUUUCGGCGACGCGGUGAACGUGGUAGCUGUCACGGUCUUCCGAGCGCCCGCAGACUUGACGCCGUUGGCGGUGCGGUAUUUUUCGAUGCCGUACAGCGAGUGGCGGCACAUGCAUCGGAUCCCGGUGCCUACUGACCUCGCCGUCGCCGCGGCGGCCGUUCCCGACGUUUUGGAGGGGUUUCUGCUCAACUGA